UGCUGCUGCGAAAACACCCACGGCUUAAGGAAAAGUGCAAAUUGUGUGGAGAAAAUGACGCUACCCGAGUUCUUUGGCUGCACCUUUAUUGCCUUUGGGCCGCCGUUUGCACUAUUCGUAUUCACUAUCGCCAACGAUCCCGUACGGAUAAUUAUACUCAUAGCAGCCGCUUUCUUUUGGCUGCUCUCCCUGCUCCUCUCUUCACUUCUUUGGUUUGCAGUUGUGCCGCUGCGUGACGUAUUGGUCUUUGGAGUAGUCUUCUCCGUGCUUUUCCAAGAGUGCUUCCGCUAUAUAAUCUACCGUAUACUACGUAGUACGGAGCAGGGAUUGCACGCAGUGGCUGAGGACAGCCGCAUUACUGACAAUAAACAUAUAUUGGCCUAUGUUUCUGGCUUGGGUUUCGGCUUGGUCUCCGGCAUGUUUGCUUUGGUCAAUUUGCUUGCCGAUAUGACUGGACCUGGCACCAUGGGCUACAAUGGCGGCACAGAAAUAUUCUUUGUUGUCUCGGCUGUGCAGGCUUUGUCAAUUGUAUUGCUGCAUACAUUCUGGAGCGUGAUAUUCUUCAACGCCUGCGACAAUAACAAAUAUGUGCAAAUUAGCUACGUAGUGGGCUCUCAUAUGCUUGUCUCCCUGUUGACGCUCUUAAAUGCCCAGGAAUUAUACAAGACUACUCUUCUGAUUAAUUAUACUAUUACCAUCGGUACGGGUGUGUUGGCCUUCCGCGCAGCUGGCGGCAGUGCGCGUAGUUUUAAGAGAUUUAUAACGUGUCAGUAGUUGAGACAGACUGCUCUUAAAGUAUUAGUAAUCGAUAUGUUAACAUCUGAUAUUAACUACUCAAAUACAUUAUUUUGUAAUUUAGCUUAAACUUUGCUUCAGUAAAUAGUUCCAUAAUUUAAUAAA